CCAGCACACUUGACAUCCUCCACCCAAUCCACACUCUCUCCUCCUCGCACGGGCGCGACCCAAAACCCCUUUCAUCCCCUCCUCCGGUCUCGACCGCCAUGGCCGCCGGGCGGGCCUUCCUCGGCGCGCCGUGCUCCUCCCUCGCCGCCGGCGCCCGCCGCCUUGCCUUCGCUUCCCCUUUGCCGCGGACCCUCACCCCCGCGCUCCGCUGCGGCGUUCGCGGUCGCUGCAUCGCUUCCGCCUCCUCGUCCCCCGACGCGGCCUCCUCGCCCGAGCCAUACGUGCUCACCACGCCGCUCUACUACGUCAACGCUCCGCCGCAUAUGGGAAGCGCCUACACCACUAUCGCGGCGGACGCCAUCGCCCGCUUCCAGAGGUUGCAAGAGAAGAAUGUUAUAUUUAUUACUGGAACCGAUGAACAUGGUGAGAAAAUAGCUGCUUCCGCAGAGGCCAGUGGUAGAAACCCAAAGGAGCAUUGUGAUGCAAUUUCAAGUUCAUAUAAGACGCUCUGGGCUGAUUUAGACAUAGAAUACGACAAGUUUAUUCGCACAACGGAUAGUAAGCACGAGGCUGUUGUGAACGAAUUCUAUUCCAGAGUAUUAAACAGUGGUGACAUAUAUAGAGCUGAUUAUGAAGGACUUUACUGUGUGAGCUGUGAGGAGUACAAGGAUGAAAAAGAGCUAUUGGAAAACAAUUGUUGCCCUGUGCAUUUGAAGCCUUGUGUAGAAAGAAAAGAAGAUAACUAUUUCUUUGCCUUGUCAAAGUACCAGCAUAAGUUGGAAGAGCUACUGACAAGAAAUCCUGAUUUUGUAAGGCCAUCAUAUCGCUUGAACGAGGUCCAAGGCUGGAUUAAAAGUGGAUUAAGGGACUUUUCUAUUUCCCGUGCAUCUGUAGAAUGGGGCAUUCCAGUGCCAAACGAUACCAAGCAGACAAUAUACGUGUGGUUUGAUGCUCUCUUAGGGUAUAUCUCAGCAUUAUUAGAUGAUGGUGAGCAAGCAAGUUUGCAGCAAGCUGUUGAUCAUGGUUGGCCAGCCUCCCUGCACUUGAUUGGAAAGGACAUAUUACGGUUUCAUGCAGUUUAUUGGCCAGCCAUGUUAAUGUCUGCAGGUUUAACUGUUCCCGAUACAGUUUUUGGUCAUGGAUUCUUGACAAAGGAUGGCAUGAAGAUGGGAAAGUCAUUAGGCAACACACUGGAACCAAAAGAUCUGGUAGAAAGAUUUGGUGCUGAUGCUGUUAGGUACUUCUUCUUGCGGGAAGUAGAAUUCGGCAAUGAUGGGGACUAUUCAGAAGAACGCUUUAUCAAUAUAGUCAAUGCUCAUCUUGCUAAUACAAUUGGAAACCUCCUUAAUCGUACACUUGGGCUACUAAAAAAGAAUUGUAAAUCCAAACUAGCUUUUGAUUCAAUAGCUGCCGCAGAUGGAGGUUUGUUCAGAGAUAACAUAGAAAACCUGGUGGACAAGGCAAAGCACCAUUAUGAAAAUCUUUUGCUGUCAUCAGCAUGUGAAACUGUUUUAGAGAUUGGUAACCUUGGAAACUUGUACAUCGAUGAGCAAGCACCAUGGUCCUGUUUCAAGCAAGGGGGUGAGAGUGCUGAAAAGGCUGCAAAGGAUCUUGUACUUAUUUUAGAGACAAUGAGGAUAAUUGCAAUCGCACUAUCUCCUAUCACUCCAAGCCUUUCUCUGAGGAUUUACACACAGCUCGGUUUCACAGAAGACCAGUUUAGACUGUUGAGAUGGGAGGAUACGAAAUGGGGAGGCCUUAAAGCGGGCCAGGUAAUGUCCGAGCCAAAGCCAGUGUUUGCAAGGAUAGAAACCGAGGCGGAAGAGGAUGGCCAAGCAAGUUCAAAAGCAGCAAAGGGGGGAAGAAGAAAGCACGCAGCAAAGGACUUGUAGAGGCAUAGUUUCUGGUGGUACCAUGUAUCAGCAUCGUUAAAAGGAGAAAAUAGUGUGUCAUUUUUUUAUUUUUUUAUUUUGGAAAAUCUCUUUAACCUAUCUGUUCCUGAAUUUUGUUCUUUGCGAAAGUAUCACACAUUGUAUCGUGCAGAUAGGACAAAAGAACACGAGUGAUCCUGAUGCUCUGUCAGAAAGAAAGCUUUGAUAUUUGCUUGUAAAGCUGGCAGCGGAUUUGUAUCAUCCAAAAUCUAAUUGGAUAUUUGUUGUUUCGGAUAUGCUUGGGUAAGGUCCAUUUGGAUUUGGAUAUCA